AGGUGCCUAAAGAUGCUGAGCGGCGUUUGGUUCCUCAGUGUGUUAACCGCGGCCGGGAUCUUACAGACGGAGAGUCGCAAAACUGCCAAAGACAUUUGCAAGAUCCGCUGUCUGUGCGAAGAAAAGGAAAACGUACUGAAUAUUAACUGUGAGAACAAAGGAUUUACAACAGUUAGCCUGCUCCAGCCCCCCCAGUAUCGAAUCUAUCAGCUUUUUCUCAAUGGAAACCUCUUGACAAGACUGUAUCCAAACGAAUUUGUCAAUUACUCCAACGCGGUGACUCUUCACCUAGGUAACAACGGGUUACAGGAGAUCCGAACAGGGGCAUUCAGUGGCCUGAAAACUCUCAAAAGACUGCAUCUCAACAACAACAAGCUUGAGAUAUUGAGGGAGGACACCUUCCUGGGCCUGGAGAGCCUGGAGUAUCUCCAGGCCGACUACAAUUACAUCAGUGCCAUCGAGGCCGGGGCAUUCAGCAAACUUAACAAGCUCAAAGUGCUCAUCCUGAAUGACAACCUUCUGCUUUCACUGCCCAGCAAUGUGUUCCGCUUUGUCCUGCUGACCCACUUAGACCUCAGGGGGAAUAGGUUAAAAGUAAUGCCUUUUGCUGGCGUCCUUGAACAUAUUGGAGGGAUCAUGGAGAUUCAGCUGGAGGAAAACCCAUGGAAUUGCACUUGUGACUUACUUCCUCUCAAGGCUUGGCUAGACACCAUAACUGUUUUUGUGGGAGAGAUUGUCUGUGAAACUCCCUUUAGGUUGCAUGGGAAAGAUGUGACCCAGCUGACCCGGCAAGACCUCUGUCCCAGAAAAAGUGCCAGUGACUCCAGUCAGAGGGGCAGCCAUGCUGACACCCACGUCCAAAGGCUGUCACCUACAAUGAAUCCUGCUCUCAACCCAACCAGGGCUCCAAAAGCCAGCCGGCCGCCCAAAAUGAGAAAUCGUCCAACUCCCCGAGUGACUGUGUCAAAGGACAGGCAAAGUUUUGGACCUAUCAUGGUGUACCAGACCAAGUCUCCUGUGCCUCUCACCUGUCCCAGCAGCUGUGUCUGCACCUCUCAGAGCUCAGACAAUGGUCUGAAUGUCAAUUGCCAAGAAAGGAAGUUCACUAAUAUCUCUGACCUGCAGCCCAAACCGACCAGUCCAAAGAAACUCUACCUAACAGGGAACUAUCUUCAAACUGUCUAUAAGAAUGACCUCUUAGAAUACAGUUCUUUGGACUUACUGCACUUAGGAAACAACAGGAUUGCAGUCAUUCAGGAAGGUGCCUUUACAAACCUGACCAGUUUACGCAGACUUUAUCUGAAUGGCAAUUACCUUGAAGUGCUGUACCCUUCUAUGUUUGACGGACUGCAGAGCUUGCAGUAUCUCUAUUUAGAGUAUAAUGUCAUUAAGGAAAUUAAGCCCCUGACCUUUGAUGCUUUGAUUAACCUACAGCUACUGUUUCUAAACAACAACCUUCUUCGGUCCUUACCUGAUAAUAUAUUUGGGGGGACGGCCCUAACCAGGCUGAAUCUGAGAAACAACCAUUUUUCUCACCUGCCCGUGAAAGGGGUUCUGGAUCAGCUCCCGGCUUUCAUCCAGAUAGAUCUGCAAGAGAACCCCUGGGACUGUACUUGUGACAUCAUGGGGUUGAAAGACUGGACAGAACAUGCCAACUCCCCUGUCAUCAUUAAUGAGGUGACUUGCGAAUCUCCUGCUAAGCAUGCAGGGGAGAUACUAAAAUUUCUGGGGAGGGAGGCUAUCUGUCCAGACAGCCCAAACUUGUCAGAUGGAACCAUCUUGUCAAUGAAUCAUAAUACAGACACACCUCGGUCGCUUAGUGUGUCUCCUAGUUCCUAUCCUGAACUACACACUGAAGUUCCGCUGUCUGUCUUAAUUCUGGGAUUGCUUGUUGUUUUCAUCUUAUCUGUCUGUUUUGGGGCCGGUUUAUUCGUCUUUGUCUUGAAACGCCGAAAGGGAGUGCCAAGUGUUCCCAGGAAUAGCAACAACUUAGACGUAAGUUCCUUUCAAUUACAGUAUGGGUCUUACAACACUGAGACUCACGAUAAAACAGACGGCCAUGUCUACAACUAUAUCCCCCCACCUGUGGGUCAGAUGUGCCAAAACCCCAUCUACAUGCAGAAGGAAGGAGACCCAGUAGCCUAUUACCGAAACCUGCAAGAGUUCAGCUACAGCAACCCGGAGGAGAAAAAAGAAGAGCCAGCCACACCUGCUUACACAAUAAGUGCCACUGAGCUGCUAGAAAAGCAGGCCACUCCAAGAGAGCCUGAGCUGCUGUAUCAAAAUAUUGCUGAGCGAGUCAAGGAACUCCCCAGCACAGGCCUAGUCCACUAUAACUUUUGUACCUUACCUAAAAGGCAGUUUGCCCCUUCCUAUGAAUCUCGACGCCAAAACCAAGACAGAAUCAAUAAAACCGUUUUAUAUGGAACUCCCAGGAAAUGCUUUGUGGGGCAGUCAAAACCCAACCAUCCUUUACUGCAAGCUAAGCCGCAAUCAGAACCGGACUACCUCGAAGUUCUGGAAAAACAAACUGCAAUCAGUCAGCUGUGAAGGGAAAUC